AUGCAAAGUCAAGCGCGCGUUGUUUCGGUUGAUCGGGUGUUGCUUACCACCUAUGAUACAAGACUUUACUACCUAGAACCUAGGAACCAAAAGCAUCAAAGGAGCGCCAAGGCGUGUUGGUGUAGCUCGUUGCGGCCGGGGGACCACUUCUGUUGGCGGGUUCUAGCAGAUAAUAACCACAGGGUUUCUCCAAUCAAUUUUUGGUCGUCUUUCCAUUCUCAAUUCACUCCGGGGUGCUUAAGGCUUUGGCUAAAGCAGUUCCUCAGCCGCCAAGGGGAAUCAACCAUGCUGAGUACCCCCCGGUCCUUACAUUCCCGCAGGCUGACCUGGACUGAUGAUGCUCUCUUUUCAAGUUCUGGACUCUGUCGAUCCACAGGCCCCAAGAACCCCACCGUUUUUGGACCACUAUUUCCACCAAGGGGUCGCCACGCCCUUUUUUUAUUUAUCAGACGACUGUGCGUGUAA